AAUUAUUUUUAUUUUAUAGAAAUUACAAACUUUUAUAAAUUCUCAUAAAUUCUUGGAAAAAUAAUACGAAAUACGAAUAAUACGAAAAAUUAUCGUAAUUUACCGGUAUUUUCUCAUCCUUUUUGACGUAAUAUAUCACCUUUAGAACUCUAACGAAAACGUGGACAUUACCGACGCGAAAGAUGGACAUUGACUACGUAGUUCGACGUCCAUAUUUUAUGGACAUAGAGGCGCUUUGAGAUAAAGUUACACCUGAAACCUGAAAUCGAAGCGUGUCCAUUCUGGUCCAUUCCACCAUUCUCGGAAGAAUUUGGAAGAAUUGCAUGUGUAAAAUAUCAAAGAUUUUCUUUUCUUCUUCUCUCUUAUAUAUUUCGUACGGAAAAAAAUUAAUAAGCACACUCGGUUCGAUAAGAAAUGUGAAAACGCAAUUACUGUACGUGUAUUCAACGUAGCAGGAUGCCUCUUGCAAGCACUAUAAGCCUACAGUGGAAGGUUUGAGCAAUUUAAUGUAACGAUAAUACGACCGGAUUAUUGACCAUUCAAUUCGGUACUGGGACGUCUAUGCAACCGUAGUACUGCGAUUCAUACGAAUUGGAAAUCCAAGGGCCACUUGAAAAGAAAAACGUAACGGAAUUUGAAUUAGCAGUAUCUAAAACGCUCCAAAUUCGCAGACGGAUAAUUUAGAUAGAAUGGCUGGGAAUUUUUGGCAGAGCUCGCAUCAUCAACAGUGGUUGCUGGAUAAACAGGAUUUGAUCAGGGAACGUCAGCACGAUUUGUCAGUGCUAACGGAGGAGGAGUAUCAGAAAAUAUUCAUUUUCUUUUCCAGUAUGAUACAGAUGAUAGGUGAACAAUUAAAAUUGAGGCAACAAGUGGUAGCUACUGCGACAGUCUAUUUUAAAAGAUUUUACGCUCGCAAUAGCUUAAAAUGCAUAGACCCUCUAUUAUUAGCCCCUACUACAGUCUUUCUGGCAUCAAAAGUAGAAGAGUUUGGAGUAAUCUCUAAUAGUAGACUGAUAUCUACAAUGGGAAAUGUAAUUAAGAACAAAUUUAGCUACGCGUAUUCGCAAGAAUUUCCAUAUCGCACGAAUCAUAUCUUGGAGUGCGAAUUCUAUCUUUUGGAACAUUUGGACUGUUGUUUAAUAGUGUAUCAACCGUACCGUCCCUUGUUAACAUUAAUUCAAGAUGUGGGACCAGACGACCAGCUACUUAUGCUUGCAUGGCGUAUUAUCAAUGAUAGUCUAAGAACGGACGUAUGUUUAUUGUAUCCACCGUAUCAAAUAGCUAUCGGCUGUCUGCAAAUAGCUUGCGUUAUACUUCAAAAAGAUCUUAAAUCAUGGUUUGCAGAAUUAAAUGCAGAUAUGGAAAAGAUUCAAGAAAUAGCACGGUAUAUAAUAAAUUUGUAUGAAUUGUGGAAAAAGUAUGACGAAAAGAACGAAAUGCCAGCUAUAUUAGCUAAAAUGCCAAAACCAAAAGCUGCACCGCAGCGUUGACAGGAAGAUCUUGAUUCGCCGAACAUUUGGGAUUCAUGUUAAUGCAGUGAAAUGCUUUGACUAAAAAUCAAUCCUUUUUCUCAAUAUUUAUACAUUACUAUUGGAUAGAAUUGACAACGAAUAUCAUUCUGCGUAAAAGUUUCAAUCCAUACAUAAAGCUAUGUUUUAAAAUAUGUCCAAAUAAUAAUAAUAAUGCCACAGCAUUUCACAUUUCUGUAUUUAAUGCUCGAUAUAGCACACGGGCGAAAAUUAUAAAUGCUAUAAAUAAAUGAUUAUAAUUUAAUCCAA